GGCCAUCAUAAGUCCUGGCAGCUGGACCCGGGCCUGCCUCCCUCCUUCUCCUGCGCCGGGCAGCGGUAACGGGCUGGGGUUGUUCUGUCCUAGUUCUGUCUGGCCGUGAAGCCGCGGGCCUCCGAGAGCGGGACGAGAAGGUGGGGCCCAGGGGCUCCGGGGCGGACAGACUGACCGGCGGACAGCCCAGGUGUCGUCACAGCGUGGGUGGUGCCCAGAGCCGCGCCCCGCCCCUCGCAGGCCAGCGCUCAGGGCCCGAGGCCCGUGCCCGUUUCCAGUAUGGCCAACCGCCGCGCCUGACCCGCGGCCUCUCGGCUCCGACUGCUUGUAGGCGAUGCCCAGGCAAAGACCGUGACUGACACUGUCGCUCACACGCACGCACGGACCCAGGCCCACGCCCGGAGCCCGAGCCCUGGGCCCGCAACUGUUGUCGCCCCCGGCGUCGCGGCGAGAGCCCGGACCACGGCUUCCGCGCCGCCGCCGCCUCGCCGAGAAGGGCCGCGCCGGACCUCGAGCGCGGCGGCCCCCGGCCGGCAGGGAUGGGGAAGCGGGCGGGAGGAGGAGCAACCGGAGCCACCACCGCCGCCGUCCCCACGUCCGCCGGGGCCGGGCUGGAACCCGCGGCCGCCCGUAGCGGGGGCCCGCGGAGCGCGGCCGCCGGCCUCCUAGGAGCGCUGCACCUGGUGAUGACCCUCGUAGUAGCUGCGGCGCGGGCCGAGAAGGAAGCAUUAAUUCAGUCAGAGAGCAUAAUAGAAGUACUGCGUUUUGAUGAUGGAGGGCUACUACAGAUCCUUUGCAUUGAGUAUCUGCUUAUCUUUCACAAGACAGCUUCCUCAUUUACCGAGACAACACUUGGACUCAGUUCAUAUCAGCAGAAAAGUAUAUCUCUCUACCGGGGGAAUUGCAGGCCCAUACGAUUUGAGCCACCAAUGCUGGAUUUCCAUGAACAACCAGUUGGAAUGCCAAAAAUGGAAAAAGUCUACUUACAUAAUCCUAGUUCUGAAGAAACUAUUACUUUAGUAUCAAUAUCUGCUACAACAUCACAUUUUCAUGCAUCAUUUUUUCAAAAUAGGAAAAUUCUUCCAGGAGGAAAUACAUCAUUUGAUGUAGUUUUUCUUGCAAGAGUAGUAGGAAAUGUAGAAAAUACUUUAUUUAUUAAUACAUCUAAUCAUGGGGUAUUUACUUACCAGGUAUUUGGUGUUGGAGUUCCAAAUCCAUAUCGAUUGAGGCCAUUCCUUGGGGCCAGAGUCCCUGUGAAUAGCAGUUUCUCACCUAUAAUAAACAUCCACAAUCCUCACAGUGAGCCUUUACAGGUUGUAGAAAUGUACUCUAGUGGAGGAGACCUUCACCUGGAACUCCCAACGGGUCAACAAGGAGGUACCAGAAAACUGUGGGAAAUUCCUCCUUAUGAAACCAAGGGAGUGAUGAGAGCCAGUUUUUCAUCUAGAGAAGCAGAUAAUCACACAGCCUUCAUAAGAAUAAAGACUAAUGCUUCAGACAGCACAGAGUUUAUCAUUCUUCCUGUUGAGGUUGAAGUUACAACAGCUCCUGGAAUUUAUUCCUCAACUGAAAUGUUAGAUUUUGGUACACUAAGAACACAAGAUCUACCAAAAGUUUUAAACCUUCAUUUACUAAAUUCAGGAACAAAAGAUGUACCAAUAACAAGUGUUCGACCUACACCACAAAAUGAUGCUAUAACGGUACACUUUAAACCAAUUACAUUAAAAGCAUCAGAAAGUAAAUACACCAAGGUUGCAAGCAUUAGUUUUGAUGCAUCGAAGGCAAAAAAGCCAUCUCAGUUUUCUGGGAAAAUAACAGUUAAAGCAAAGGAAAAGAGUUACUCUAAACUUGAAAUACCAUAUCAAGCAGAAGUUUUAGAUGGUUAUUUGGGAUUUGAUCAUGCUGCAACAUUAUUUCACAUCCGAGACAGUCCUGCUGAUCCUGUGGAAAGGCCAAUUUACCUUACUAACACUUUCAGUUUUGCGAUCCUCAUUCACGAUGUGUUGCUACCAGAAGAAGCCAAAACAAUGUUUAAAGUUCACAACUUCAGCAAACCAGUCUUAAUUCUUCCUAAUGAAUCAGGAUACAUUUUUACCCUGCUUUUUAUGCCUUCCACAUCAUCUAUGCACAUUGAUAACAACAUUUUACUUAUUACCAAUGCUUCUAAAUUUCAUUUACCCGUGCGGGUAUACACAGGCUUUUUAGAUUACUUUGUAUUGCCCCCCAAAAUAGAGGAACGUUUCAUAGAUUUUGGAGUACUGAGUGCUACAGAAGCAAGUAAUAUUUUAUUUGCAAUUAUAAACAGCAAUCCAAUUGAGUUGGCUAUAAAAAGUUGGCAUAUCAUAGGAGACGGUUUAUCAAUAGAACUUGUAGCUAUGGAAAGAGGCAAUAGAACUACAAUAAUUUCAAGCCUGCCAGAGUUUGAAAAAUCCUCUUUAUCAGACCAAUCAUCGGUAACAUUAGCUUCAGGCUAUUUUGCAGUCUUCAGAGUCAAACUUACUGCAAAAAAAUUAGAGGGGAUUCAUGAUGGAGCCAUCCAGAUCACAACAGACUAUGAGAUCCUGACAAUCCCUGUGAAGGCUGUGAUUGCAGUAGGCUCACUGACCUGCUUCCCUAAGCACAUGGUUCUUCCACCUUCCUUUCCAGGGAAAAUAGUUCAUCAAAGUUUAAAUAUUAUGAAUUCCUUCUCACAAAAGGUAAAAAUACAGCAAAUACGAUCUUUGUCAGAAGAUGUGCGAUUUUACUAUAAACGAUUACGGGGCAAUAAGGAAGACUUGGAGCCAGGAAAAAAAUCAAAGAUUGCAAACAUUUAUUUUGAUCCUGGACUACAGUGUGGGGAUCAUUGCUAUGUUGGCUUGCCUUUUCUAUCCAAAUCUGAACCCAAAGUGCAGCCUGGUGUAGCCAUGCAGGAAGAUAUGUGGGAUGCUGACUGGGAUUUGCAUCAAAGCCUGUUCAAGGGAUGGACAGGAAUAAAGGAAAAUUCAGGUCAUAGAUUGAGUGCUAUAUUUGAAGUAAAUACAGACCUUCAAAAAAAUAUAAUAUCAAAAAUCACUGCCGAGCUCUCCUGGCCUUCCAUACUUAGCUCACCCCGGCACUUGAAAUUUCCACUUACGAAUACAAACUGCUCCUCAGAAGAAGAGAUUACUUUAGAAAAUCCUGCAGAUGUUCCUGUCUAUGUUCAGUUUAUUCCUCUGGCUUUAUAUUCCAACCCUUCCGUGUUUGUAGAUAAGUUAGUAUCAAGGUUUAACUUGAGUAAGGUGGCAAAGAUAGAUUUGAGAACACUAGAAUUUCAAGUCUUCAGAAACAGCGCUCAUCCACUGCAGAGUUCAACAGGAUUUAUGGAGGGCCUCUCUCGACAUUUAAUUUUAAACCUAAUUUUAAAACCUGGAGAAAAGAAAUCUGUCAAAGUAAAGUUUACUCCAGUUCACAACAGAACUGUUUCUUCACUUAUCAUAGUCAGAAAUAACCUGACCGUGAUGGAUGCUGUGAUGGUCCAAGGACAAGGAACAACUGAGAACUUGAGGGUGGCAGGCAAGCUUCCAGGUCCAGGAAGCUCCUUACGCUUUAAAAUCACGGAAGCCUUGUUAAAAGACUGUACAGAUAGUUUAAAACUAAGAGAACCAAAUUUCACAUUGAAAAGAACAUUUAAGGUAGAGAAUACAGGACAACUUCAAAUUCACAUAGAAACCAUUGAAAUCAGUGGAUACUCAUGUGAAGGAUAUGGCUUUAAAGUUGUUAAUUGUCAAGAGUUUGCUCUAAGUGCCAAUGCUUCUAGAGAUAUAAUCAUAUUGUUUACUCCUGAUUUUACAGCUUCUAGAGUUAUUCGGGAACUGAAGUUUAUAACAACCAGUGGCUCUGAGUUUGUGUUUAUAUUGAAUGCAUCCCUUCCUUACCAUAUGUUAGCAACCUGUGCAGAAGCCUUACCCAGACCCAACUGGGAACUGGCUCUGUAUAUCAUCAUCUCAGGAAUAAUGAGUGCACUGUUUCUUUUGGUCAUUGGAACAGCCUAUUUGGAAGCUCAAGGAAUAUGGGAGCCAUUUCGAAGGCGGCUCUCCUUUGAGGCCUCGAACCCGCCCUUCGAUGUGGGGAGGCCAUUUGAUCUCAGGAGAAUCGUUGGUAUUUCAUCUGAAGGAAACUUGAACACACUCAGCUGUGACCCCGGUCACAGUAGGGGGUUCUGUGGAGCAGGCGGUUCAUCAUCCCGACCCAGUGCCGGGAGUCAUAAGCAGUGUGGCCCAUCGGUCCACCCACACAGCAGUCACAACAAUAGAAACUCAGCUGACGUGGAAAACGUCAGAGCCAAAAACAGUUCAAGUACCUCUAGUAGGACUUCUGCUCAAGCAGCUUCUUCACAGUCUGCUAACAAAACAAGCCCCCUUGUCUUAGAUUCGAACACAGUGACUCAAGGUCAUACAGCAGGCAGAAAGUCCAAAGGGGCAAAGCAGAGCCAGCAUGGCAGCCAGCACCACGCCCACAGCCCGCUGGAGCAGCACCCUCAGCCUCCUCCGCCACCGCCAGUGCCUCAGCCCCAGGAGCCGCAGCCCGAAAGGCUGUCUCCCGCCCCCUUCGCACAGCCUUCCCACCCAGAACGUGCCAGCAGCACGAGGCACAGUUCCGAGGACUCGGACAUCACCAGUCUCAUAGAAGCCAUGGACAAAGACUUCGAACACCAUGACUCCCCAGCCCUAGAAGUGUUUACAGAGCAGCCUCCAUCGCCAUUGCCAAAAAACAAAGGGAAAGGAAAACCUCUUCAGCGCAAGGUGAAACCACCUAAGAAGCAAGAGGAAAAGGAGAAGAAGGGAAAGGGAAAACCGCAGGAAGAUGAGCUGAAGGACUCUUUGGCUGAUGAUGACAGCUCCUCCACCACCACAGAGACCUCCAACCCCGACACAGAACCGCUCCUCAAGGAGGAUACAGAAAAGCAAAAGGGAAAACAAGCCAUGCCUGAAAACCAUGAAAGUGAAAUGUCUCAAGUGAAGCAAAAAAGCAAAAAACUCUUAAAUAUUAAGAAAGAAAUCCCAACAGAUGUGAAACCCAGUUCAUUAGAACUACCAUAUACUCCCCCUUUGGAAAGUAAGCAACGUAGAAAUCUCCCAAGCAAGAUUCCUCUUCCAACUGCAAUGACAAGUGGAUCCAAAUCACGAAAUGCCCAGAAAACAAAAGGUACACGUAAGUUAGUGGAUAACAGACCACCUGCCCUAGCAAAAUUCCUCCCGAAUAGUCAAGAAUUAGGCAACACCAGUAGCUCAGAGGGUGAAAAAGACUCUCCUCCACCGGAGUGGGAUUCCGUUCCAGUUCACAAACCCGGCAGCUCUACUGAUAGUCUUUAUAAACUUUCUCUGCAAACCCUCAACGCAGACAUUUUCUUAAAACAACGCCAGACCUCACCGACACCUGCCUCCCCGUCUCCCCCGGCUGCCCCCUGCCCCUUUGUGGCCCGCGGCAGCUACAGCAGCAUCGUCAACAGCAGCUCCAGCAGUGACCCUAAAAUAAAGCAGCCAAAUGGAAGCAAACACAAGUUGACAAAGGCAGCCUCGCUCCCGGGAAAGAAUGGCAACCCCACUUUUGCUGCAGUCACGGCUGGCUACGACAAGAGCCCAGGUGGGAAUGGCUUUGCUAAAGUUUCUUCAAACAAAACAGGUUUCUCCAGCAGCCUUGGCAUUUCACACGCUCCUGCUGACAGCGAUGGGUCAGACAGCUCGGGUUUAUGGAGUCCCGUCAGCAACCCAAGCAGCCCUGACUUCACUCCCCUCAAUUCGUUCUCCGCCUUUGGAAACUCUUUUAAUCUAACUGGUGAAGUUUUCAGCAAACUCGGAUUAUCUCGAUCGUGCAAUCAGGCCUCACAGAGGAGCUGGAAUGAGUUUAAUAGUGGCCCCUCAUACCUUUGGGACUCGCCAGCGACAGAUCCCAGUCCUUCCUGGCCAGCCACUUCCGGCUCCCCAACCCACACAGCCACAUCGGUCCUCGGUAACACCAGCGGCCUGUGGUCCACCACUCCAUUCAGCAGCUCCAUUUGGUCCAGCAACCUUAGCAGCACCCUUCCCUUCACCACUCCAGCAAACACGCUGGCAAGCAUCGGCCUCAUGGGCACAGAAAACUCCCCAGCUCCUCACGCUCCCUCCACCUCCAGUCCAGCUGACGACUUGGGACAGACCUACAACCCGUGGCGGAUAUGGAGCCCCACGAUUGGAAGAAGAAGCUCGGACCCUUGGUCUAAUUCGCACUUUCCUCACGAGAAUUAAGCAAAAAACAAACAAACAUAGUGGGCCCUUGUCUAGAUCAUGAUGUGCCAGUUUCUGAGACAUCUUUUUAAGGCUCUUACUGCAGCUGCCCCUCCUCACCCUCCUCAUCUUUGCAAAACAGACCCAAGCAGGGCAGGCUCAGACCACUCGCUUCUUUCAGAUCUGUCUUGCAAUUAUGGUAACAUGAGAUUUGCUGUUGUGCUUUUAGAGAAAAGUCUGGACUCAGCCACAAACUCUAAUAAGACCUGUACAUCUGAGAACCUUUCCCGUUACUGCGUUUCCACCACCUGUCUUCCCCAUGCUUUAUUUAUCUGUAUGAACACAGAUUUGACAUUACAGCUAAGGAAAUAAUUUGAGUUGAUUCAGAAGUCUUGGCAUGUGACAAUUUUGUUAAAUUACCAAGUUUGGUUUUUAAUAAUUUCACAAUAUUAUGCACCAAGAUCUAAUUUUAAAACUGUAUGAGGACUUUGUGCUGAAAAUACAGAGUAUUUUUUUAAAGUAAGGCUGUCUUGGUUUAAAAGCAGAUUACAGAAAUGUAAGUCAACUUAACAGUGAAUGAAUGUAAAAACAUUCAGUUGAGACCAUAUGCAUUUUCUGUGCUGUUUGUACUUGAGGUAUGUAACAUUUGUAUACCUGAACUUAUUUUAAAGAUGAACUGAAAUGCACAUAGCCAAGUCUUGAGAUACAAGAUUGAAUGUGUAUUUCUUAAAAAUACAACUUUGUGUUGUACUUUGAAAUAAAUGAUGCUUUUUUCAAAA